AUGAUGAAAAAUAUUUUGGAUCUUCUUUGUUUGCACAUAGGUAGCAUAAAACUGGUAAUAGGACAUAAAUAAAUACACAAACAGUAUGAAAAAUAGCUAAUUAUUUAGAACACUUUAGUAAUUCUUUGCACUAACCAUCGUUAUCAUCUGCUUCUUCAUGAAAAGAAUCAACAUAAUAACCAAAAUAAAAUAAUGAAGCAAAUAAGAUAUUUAUUCCUCCAAGCACAACUAUAUCUAAGAUAUGGUUCGAGAAUGAUUUAGACUUUUCUCUUAAAGUUUUUUACCUUUCUUCAACCAUUAUAUUAACUAUAACAGCAUCAUCUACAGCAUCAAAUUAUGAAACUUUACCUAAAGUACUCAUCUUUUAAUUGA